UUGGGUACCAAUUAAGAUGUCUAGUUCUUUCUGUUUAGAACUGCGUCGAUUCCGGCCGAUCUGACGACUUUGGUGGAAGAUUGCCCUGAAGGAAAUUUCGCAGAAGUCAAAUGGCCAAGGCUUGUGUUUCGCGUUUGCUUGCGAGGAGCGAAAGGUCAACGCAAAAUGCCCGGAGACGGCGGUGAUCAGUCUACGUUUCAUCCUGUGCCCAUUUCAAAAUCAUAGUGUUGAUCGCAGCCGGGAUCCCGAGAGCCGCAAGAAGCUCGAACCCGGACAGAAACUUCUGGGGUAGUCGUCUCCUCUUUGGUGGACACAUGCGAAACCAGUCCAGUCCUUCCUGGCACACAAAAUGCAGUUCGAUUGGAUGUGCCUGGUACAUCUAGCAUGGACGUUUCACCUUCAGACAUAAUUGGCUCAACAUCUCAGGAAGAAGUAGAGUGGCAUCACCAAUGCUUGGGGUCGACUCUCCGCCUCACACCGCUCCCAGUGACCACCGUCGCUACACAUCCCAUACCUCUGGGCAAGGACGUCCACGGAAACAGAGGUUGCCAAGAACAGCCUCUCUAAUUUCUAGACUGCAGGAUACAAGGGACAGCCUGAAGAGAUCCUUGGUUAGGAGCAAAAAGGGCGCAUCAUUCUGAGCAGUUUAACGAAAUAUGACAUAGUACAGGGUGCAUGACGUUGCUUGUCAAAAGAAUCACUAGAUAUAUAUUUCGUGUGCAGCUCUACCUGCAGCCUUUAGACAAGUUUGCUCGGAGGUGGCCACCAGAAUUCAGGGGAUCUGCACUUAGUUUGCACUUUCGGAGCCCUCAGCCAUUUCGCUACCUGAGCAGUUCGCUGACUUUACCAUCUGAGAGUACCUUGAGGAACUGGCUGAAAGAGAUCACUGUGGAACCUGAAGUCAUGUCUCCGGUCCUUGAAGGAUUGAAGAAAAGACUUCAAAGGUUACCUGAGAAGGAUCGGACAUGCUGCAUAAUAUUCGAUGAAAUGUCCAUUAAAGAACAUCUGCAGUACGACUCUAUGUCAGACACCGUAUAUGGUUUCGUGGACACAGGGAAGCAAAAGAACUCCCAGAUGGCGAAUUCGGCAUUGCUUGUCGUGCUCUCAGGGGUAACAAGCUCUUGGGUUUGAACCAUUGUCAUAUUUGUUUUCAAAGUCUAUUGUGUCAGCAGAUAUACUGAAUGAUUUAAUCUAUGAUCUGAUUCAGCAGCUUCAUGCAAUCAACCUUUUUGUGAAAGCGGUUGUCUGUGAUCAAAGUGCCAGCAACAGCGCACUGUCUAGAAAGCUUGACGUUUCCCCAUCAAAACCAUAUUUCUCAGUCAAUGGCUGUAAGGUGUACUUUAUUUUUGAUCCACCUCACUUGAUGAAGACCACACGCAGCCUUCUGUUGAAGCAUGACCUUCAGAUUGGAAAUGCUGAACAAACGGUCCAGUGGUCCUUCAUCAAACAGUUCCAUGAAUCAGACCACCCUCUAAAACUCCGACUGGCACCCAAGCUCACAGACCAUCACAUUAUGCAUACAGUUUUCAACCGUAUGAGGGUGAAACCUGCAACACAAGUACUGAGUGAUAGUGUUUCCACUGGGACCGCUGCCCUUAUCUGCAUGGGGUGUAUGCCCCCAGCAGCCACUGCGACUGCAGAUUUCUUUCUCAAGGUGGAUGUUCUGUUCGACUGUUUGAACAGUUCAUCUGUCGAGCAAGGUGAGCACAAAAAAUGAAGUAUGCAAUGAAAGAUUCCACAAAUCAUAAGGAGUCACUAGAGUCCCAGUGGAUUGCACAGUGGAAGUUUGACGGUGACAGGGAACCUCCUACUGUAAGGGGGCGGCAAAUCACAAUCAGCGCAGUACUUGUGUUGUGCGGGACCGUCACCAGAAUUUAGAUUUUGAGCACCUGCUGACACGGUGGCUCAACCAGGACCCCGUGGAAAACAUGUUUGGUCAGUUCCGACAAAUGCACGGGAGCAAUGAGACACCGAACGCGUUUCAAUUUGUUGCAGGCCUCAAGCAUACCCUCACAGGGAGGCUCAUCAAACUUCCCAGUUGAGGGAAUUGCGAGGCUCAUACAACUGAGCUUCUAAAUGAACUAUUGCCCAAGCCGGCUUCCUCAGCUGCAAGCAUUCCUUGUGAACCGUCUUGCUCAGAAGGAAAGCCUGCAGGUGAAGAAAUAGAGACUGAACAUGAGAUGCAUGCUGUGCAGGAGCCAUGUGGCAUUGUUGAGGCUACUGCACAGUAUGCAUACUCGGGGCCACACUGUUUUUUAAAGACCUCAGAGUGCACUGCCUGCCAAAACUGCAGCAACUGCAAAAGGCUGCAGAAGGAGGACGACAGAAAGCAGAAGGUUUGCUUUCCAAUUUCUAAAGUGAGUCUCAUGCCUCUGAGAGCUACUUUCGCGCACCAUCCGAUGCUUUUUUCCAAUACUUUUGCAAGGUAGAGGGUAUCUUUCAAGCAAAAGUUGAAGAUGUUCUUCACAAAAAGGGGGUAAAGCAGUGUCGUAUGAGCCGAUAAAGAGGCCGACGACGAUAGUGUGUUGAGGUGCAUGGACAUUCUAUCCACGUGCCGAGGUUUGCUGUUCGGGGGAAAUUUUGUACGUUGUCACUUUUCGUCGGGAUUCAGAGCAAUAAAGGACUUCUCGGACACGACAUGGUGGCAGCGGUGGUCACUCCAGCCUGACAUCGCCGACGACGUUCAACGCAACGGUCCGCGCCACGAGUCCAUCGAGACGAUGUCUCUGGGAGUCACAACGUCGACCACACCGGCAUCGAACACAACAGCAUUCAAUCCGUUCGCGAUUGAAUUACCCGAGAAGUUGGACUUCCGCCACCCGCAAGAAUGAAAGCGAUGGUAUACAAGAUGGGAAAGAUAUCGCCUUAUUUCCGCGCUGAACAAGCAGGACGACGAAACGCAAGUCAGUGCAUUUCUUUAUGCAAUGGCACAAGAGUCGGAGGACGUUCUGCUCUCGUUGAGACUGUCCGAGGCGGACAGCAAGGUCUACAAGAAAGAGACUGAGGUAUUCGAUAAACACUUCGUUCCACGACGAAAUGUUAUUUACGAAAGAGCUUGCUUUAAUCAGCGACGACAAAUGGAGCACGAAUCAGUGGAGGACUUCGUCACGGACCUUCACAGGCUCGCCGACACGUGCGAGUUUGGAACAUUGAAGAUGGAGCUCAUCAGGGACAGACUUGUAGUCGGACUCCUGGACAAGGCAGUUAGCCUCAAGCUGCAAAUGGACCGGGACCUUACGCUAGAUUCUGCUGUCAGCAGAGCCAGGAAUGCACAGCCUGUUAAAAGUCAGCAGAAGGUCGUGCACGCAGACACCGGUGGAGCGCCAGAAGCUCCAGUCGUCGCAGAGCUGCGACAGUUGAAACGGAAGGGUGCUGGUGACAGAAAGCCCAUGAAAGACUCCUUACGGGAUCUAGCACGCAAGCACGGUACGCCAUGCAGAUGGUGUGGACAAACGCUGCAACAUCAGCGAACAGCGUGUCCUGCCUACGGAAAGCAGUGUGCCAGCUGUAGGAAGAUAGGCCACUUCUCCGUCGUCUGCAUGUCUGCGGACAAACGACGGCAUAAGACGACCCGGAACACUUCAGACGCAGCCCGUCACACAAUGGAGCUGUACCUGCGCGAAGUCUCUGCGACACCCAAGGAUGCACCCUGGGUGAUAGCAGCCAGAGUGAAUGACGAGCUCGUCAACUUCAAAGUGGACACUGGAGCUGAUAUCACAGCGAUACCCAGCGCAGUCUACGACAGGAGAACAAUGGGGCCGAUAAAGAAAACGUCUCCACGCCUGUACGGACCUGGGCGAACGCCCAUCAACACUACGGGGGAGAUCGAAACAGUCAUCAGCUGGAACGAAGCGCCGUCAGUGCAGAGGGUGUUUCUGGUCGACGGCUUUCAGAAUCCGCUCCUUGGACGACCAGCGAUACAGGCAUUGGGCGUGCUCGCGCACUUGGAAGAAAUCCAAGCAGAGUGUACUCUCGAUAGAAUUGCAGCAAAAUUUCUAUCACUCUUCAGCCCUUUGGGACAGAUGAAGACUUCGUGCACGAUCAAGUUAGCACCGCGUUCUACGCCGUACGCACUAGCAUGCCCAAGACACGUGCCUUUGCUUCUCUUACCGAGGGUUCAAGACGAGCUAGGUCGCAUGGAAGGACUUGGUGUCACGGUGAAGGUCGAUUCCGCUACCGAAUGGUGCGCUCUAAUGGUAGUCGUGAAGAAGAGCGAUUCCCAGCUAAGAAUAUGCGUCGACUACGGAGAAUUGGACAAACAGAUCCUGAGUGAACGCCUCAUAAUUUCGACAGUAGAAGAGAACUUGGCAAAAAUUGGCGGGGCAACGAUAUUCAGUAAGCUAGACGCAAACUCCGGAUACUGGCAGGCACCGCUUACCCCAGAAAGUUAGGACUUGACGACUUUCAUUACGCCGUUAGGAAGAUCCAAGUUCACCCGGUUACCGUUCGACAUUUCGACAGCUCCCGAGUUCUUCCAGCGCCAGGUGCUCCGUGUUCUAGAAGGCCUUGACGGUCAAAUAUGUCACAUGGAUGACAUUCUCAUUUUCGGCAAGGACUUACAAGAGCAUGACCGCAGGCUGGAUGCCAUGCUGCAAAGACUCACUCAAGCCGGCAUUACUUUGAGCAGGAACAAGUGCGAGCUGAAGAAGACAUCGGUGAAAUUCCUGGGACAUAUCUUGAGCUAUGACGGCAUCGCGCCAAACCCCACUAAGACGAAAGCAGUCAGGGAUCUACCUCCGCCAAAAGACCUGGGAGAAUUAAGAUCGUUUCUUGGGAUGGUCAACCACUUAAUGAAAUUCCUACUCUAUCUUUCCGACAAAACCAGGCCACUGAGGGAUCUUCUUCAGGGCAAGUCUUCAUGGGUUUGGGACCAGCCGUAGCAAGAGGCAUUCGAAAGGAUCAAAAGGGAGUUGGAGCAGCCGCCAACGCUUGCGUACUACGUUCCUGGCAGACCGACCACUCUUUCGGUGGACGCCUCGUCGUACGGCCUGGGAGCUGUACUGCUAUAAGAAAGCGACGACGGACGAAGACGACGAAUCCCGCUCACUGUCCGACGCAGAACAGAAGUAUGCGCAUGUAGAAAAAGAGGCUUUGGCGAUAACAUCGGGUAUCGAGCGAUUUCGUAUAUAUCUUCUCGGACAAAAGUUCCACAUAGAGACGGACCACAAGCCGUUGAUUCCACUGUUCACUACGAAGCACAUCGACGAGAUGUCGCCACGUCUCCAAAGGCUGCGACUUAAGAUUCUGGAGUACGAUUUCACGAUCGCACACGUACUAGGGAAGUGCCUGUUCAUGGCAGACGUGCUGUCACGGAAUCCAAGCAAGGACGACUCUGGAUAGGCUCUCCAGGCCACAAUACAAGAGUACGAGCUCCUGACGAUGGAUCUGCUGCGAGCGUCACCACAGAUGUUGGACGUCAUCAGGAGUGAGCUCCGGAUGGACCCUGUAUGCUUGGACGUCAUGCGGUAAUCUAAGACACAGCGGCCACCACAGGAAGAGUUAACGCCGGAUCUCCGAAAGUACAGCACAGUUGCCCCCGAACUUUCCGUAGUUCAAGGACUCCUCGUGAGAGGCGCACGCCUGGUGAUCCCGCCAUCGAUGAGGGAAGAAGUACUAGCCAAAAUACACACAGGACAUCAAGGAAUUGUGAGAUGCCGCGCAAGGAUACGAGAAUCGGUGUGGUGGCUCGCUAUUGCUCGACAGAUGCAGGACUACAUCGUCAGGUGCCCGGUAUGCCAGUCGGAAAGGAAGCCUGCCGCGGAGCCUCUUUUGCAAACCGCCUUGCCCGAUCGUCCGUGGCGAGUAGUCGGAAUAGAUCUGUUCUACGGCAGCAACGGAAUUACCUGAUUGUCGUGGACUACUACUCCCGCUUCUUAGAGAUAGAGCAGAUGAAAAGAACCAUAGUGCAAGACGUCGUUCGCGCGCUGAAGCGCAUAUUCGCCCGGUUUGGGAAUCCGAAGACCGAUAACAGGCCACUCUUUGCCUCUAGGGAGUUCAGUACGUUCAUUCCACAGAUAGAUGCUCAGUAUGUCACCAGCAGCCCAUACUACGCUCAAAGGAACGGGAUGGUUGAAAGGACCGUGGGAACUGCGAAAGCGCUUCUGAAGAAGUCGCGGAUUUCGAAGACGCGCUUCUAGCCCACCGGACGACUCCUGGCGUCGAAGGCUGUUCCCCAGCCCAACUACCGAUGGGGCGUCGCCUGCGUACAGCCGUCCCAACGGCGCAGCAGCUUCUACAUCCGAAAUGGCCGGACCUUCGGGUAUACCGGAAAAGACACCGCCAGCAGCAGCGGGCUCAGGCUGGGCAUUACAACAGGAGACGACGAGCAAGAGAAAGAGUGCCUCUGGAGCGGAAUGCCCGUGUGAGAAUAUUCUGCGGCAUGGCGAUGCGAGGAACUGUGCUUGAGCAGACGACAACUCCACGAUCCUACGAAGCCGUGUUGUGCGUCGUGCCAGCCGUCACCCGCAGACCGUGCUAGAGACAGGACGGGAACUAAGGACUCGUUCGGCCAGAGAAAUCAGGCCUCCUGCGAGGUAUCAAUGUACAUAACCAGUUUGGAAAAAAGGGAGGUGUCGUAUGAGCCGAUAAAGAGGCCGACGACGAUAGUGUGAUGAGGCGCGUGGACAUUCUAGCCACGUGCCGAGGUUUGCUGUUCGGGGGAAAUUUUGUACGUUGUGACUUUUCGUCGGGAUUCAGAGCAAUAAAGGACUUCUCGGACACGACAAGCAGCAUAUUGUUAGUGCUUUGAUGCAAGGUUCCCAGGAGCCAUUUUGCUGUAGCAUAUGCCAGGCACAGUUCCUCUCUUUGUUUACUGGGAAGCGAAUGCAGCGUCACAUCACAUUGAAAAACAGGGAGGUAACGGAAGCUGCACGUAGAAGGUCUCGGGACGGCAAAUGCGAAAAAGUGUAAGAGUAAGCAGAUGAUGCAGUUGAACUUCCAUACAUAGUGAACAUGCACGCGGUGAAGUUACGGAUGUAGUGAAAAAAACAAAACAAAAACAUGGGAUCCAUAUUAGAGGGACAGUCUGGAGCUAAUGGCUAAUUUUGAGAUUAGAGUUGUACUGCACUAAGUCACACAUAGCUGUCAAAUGCAAAAUUUCACCCAGCAGUACUGUGCCUCAGUAACAAUCUUUGCCCUUUUUAAUUAGAAAUCACUUAUUAGUAGGGCUGCCCUACUUUUCUGCAUUUGAGCUUGUUGUAUUGAUGAACUGUAA